GCGGAAGGCGGCUGGUGGAGUGGGGCAGGAGCAGGCCAGAGCCCGAGAGGCAGCGCCGCCGGUCACCUGCUCACCUGCUCACCGCGCCCGGAGGAGUGAGUGCGAGAGAGCGCGAUAGAGGACAGGAUUCGCGCCGCGUCACGGACGGCCGCGCGUGGCGGCCUCAGUCGACAUGUCGCCGGCGCUGACGGGCGCGCUGUUGUUGGCGCUCGCGGCCGCGGCCGCCUCGGCGGCGGCCUGCUCGGGGGCCAGGGCGCCGCAGGCGCGCUACAGCAGCAAGACGGCGUACCAGCUCGUGCACGGCGACGACACCGCCCCCCAGGACGUGGUGCAAGGCUGCUCCGCCGUCUACCUCUGGCACACUCUGCGCCACGGCACGCGAUACCCGAGCGCCAAGCAGGUGGGCAAGCUGGCCAAGCAGGUGCCGGCGCUGCAAGCGCGGUUGAGGGACAACGUGCGGGCGGGGCGAGCGAGCUGCGCGCCCGAGGCGCUGGACCGGAUGCUGGGCUGGACCUUCAACGUGACGCAGGCCCAGGGGAACACGCUGCACCCGCAGGGCGAGCGGGACCUGCAGGGCGUCGGGCGACGCUUCAAGCGGCGCUACUCGGAGUUCUUCCGCCGCCACCCACACCCGGACAACUUCACGUUCCGCAGCACCGACACGCAGAGGACCCAGGCGAGCGCAAAGUGGUAUGGUAAUGGCCUGUUUGAAGAACCCAUCAACCUGCCCGAGCCUCUUCCGGACGACCCGCUGCUAAAGUUCUACGACCUGUGCCCGGCGUGGACUGCGGCCGUGGACAAGAACGCGAGCGUGCGCGCCGAGGUGACGGCCUUCGAGAAGGGCGGGCCCGUCAUGCGAGCCGCCCUGGCGAGGAUCGCCGACCGCCUGGGCUUCCAGGAGGGCCUCACUUACGACGACGUGGCCCCUAUUUGGGAGGCCUGCCGCUACGCCCAGGCGUGGGACCCCGGCACUGAGGCGGCCUGGUGCGCGGCCUUUGACGAGGAGGAUUUGCGGGUGUUCGAGUACGGCUCCGACAUGAAGUACUACUACGUAGACGGAUACGGAACUGCCAUGAACCAGCAGCUCGGCUGCCCUCUCGUCAAGGACGUCGUCGAUAAGCUGAGUGCGUUCGAGCGCGGCGAGGCGCGCGAGGCCGGCAGCAUGUACUUCACGCACUCCACCGCCAUCCACAUGACGCUGGCCGAGCUCGGGCUGGGCCACGACGCGCGGCCCCUCACCGCCGCCGACUACGAGACGAUGAAAAACGAGCGGCUCUGGACCAUGUCGCGGCUAGCGCCCUUCGCGGCCAACCUCGCCGCCGUGCUGUACGAGUGCCCGGCCCAGAGCGGCGAGAAGUACAAGAUCAGGCUGUACGUGAACGAGCGGCCGGUGGCCAUCGCGGGCUGCACCGACCCCGACUCUCUGUGCUCCUGGUCCGACUUCAAGAGGCACUUCGAGGCCGUGACAAACUCGUGCAGUUUGGGAUUCUGCAACCGAGUGCCGAGCGGCGCCGCUGCCGCCCCCAGCCGCGCCCUCCUGUUCGCGGCAGCUGCGGGGGCUCUUACCCUCCUGCUCGCGCGCCGUGUUCCCUGACUGGAGCCGACAAUACCUCCGCAUUUAUGCUGUAAUAAAAUUAUUUAUAAUCGAACAA